GAUUUUCAGCGAGGUGUGUGCUUAUGUCACGUAAACUUCUACUGAUAGAAGUUUACAAUGUUUUACAAAACUGGCUUAUAGCAACGUUGGAAAAACGAAAAUAACUGGAUUAAUUUUCUAGGCAGUCAUAUUUUAGAAAGUCCAGCAUGGCAGCAAAAAACUCAGAGGCUCAAGAUGAGGAAAUCACGCAGCAAUAUGAGGACAGCACGUGGCAAAAUGAGGACAGCACGCAGCAAAAUGAGGACACCAAGCUGACUAUCGAGUCGAUGUCUGAGAUAGAAAGGAAACAGCACGAGAAGAUGUCCAAUAAAGAUCGACAUAAACCAUCAACGUUUGCCGUUGUGAUAAAGUGGUUGUUUACUAUAAUAUUUGGGAUUCUUCUUCUAGCCUGUCUAACCGUGAGCAAAACAUCGAUCCUAGCUUUAUCCGAAGCAAUGGGAAACCACCCAGAUUUGGAUAUCAGUUCAAGAUGCAGAUUGUUUGUCAAGUUACAAAUACUAACGCUUGUUCCUAACAUUAUUAAUCUUCUAAAAAGUCUGUGGGCCGGAGCGUUCAGAAAGGACUUCCCGAUGCCGUCUGGCAAAACUAUUCUUUGCGCAAUACCAAUUUCGCUCCUCGAAUCUGUUGGAAUGUGUAUUUUCAUAUUCAACAUUCCGAGUAUCAUCAUGACAAAUCAUAAUGUUUUAUUGAUGAACUGUGUGUUCAUCGUUCCUUUGUGUGACAACAUCAUUCGAAGUUGUAGAAAACGAACCGAAACAAACGAAUUCAGAUGGACGGUGACUUUUGUCAUCGCUCUUCUAUUAGAAGCUAUUGGUGUAGGUUUCUCUAUAUAUCUCGUGUCACGUGAUUCUAAAACAGGCCGCAAGAUAUGGAUGCCAAUAGUUGGAAUCUUUGCUCUGUCUUUUGCAUGGACACCAUCCGUUCAUAGAUAUCUACUUGGAUCGGAAAUAACACAAUCAGAACCUCCAUAUGUUAAUAAGAAAGACGGUUACAGUCACGCCAAUCAGAAUAAUUCAAGGAAUGAUAAGUGGAAACUUGGCCUCCUCAAUCCAAAUGGGAUCAACAAAGAAAGAGUAACAUGGAAAUUAACAAUAAUCAUGUCGGCCUUGAAAAUAGUUUCAACGUUUGGCACGUCAAUGUUGAUUUUUAAUGUUGAGUAUAUCUCUCCGUUCCCGGUUAAUAGCAAUGUUAGUAUUGGCGAUUAUGAUUAUUCCAGUGGCUGGACAUUUUGGGAUGAUUCGAUGCAUCAGGAACUCUACUACUUCGGUGUCCAUAUCUGCAGUAGUUUGAUAAGCUAUUAUAUCGGGUAUAUAGCUUGCUCGACUUGUAUGCAAAUUGGAGCAUUUGCCUUACCCUUGGUAUCAACUAUGAUUCCGUCAUUGGUACUUUUAACAGUACCAGAAACAUGCGAAGCAUUGCUGUUGAAUACUAAUAGGACAAACGGUACGCAUUAUCCUAUAUGCAGUACCCAGAGCAGCUUAGAUGAGCAAGUGGUCCUUAUUGUUGCUGGAAGCUGCCUUUUGAUAGCACAAGUGAUGUUCUCUUUACGUCAAAUCUGGGAGAAUGGUUCACUGAUCAAGCUGAAGGCUGAACAAUUGUUUUGGCUGCCAGUUUAUACACCAGCAUUACUUGAACAAUGGCUUAUGUUGAUAAGAAGGAGCGAGUUUGGUGACAAAGAGUAUCACAAGAGAGUGAUAAAAACAAAUCAUGCUAAAGUCAUUAUUUGCACAACGAUGUACAGAGAGGAUGCACACGAAAUGAAACAACUCCUUGAAUCAAUACGCAGUGUUGUACAAACCAAAAAGGAGAAACAUUUUGAGUCCCAUAUAAUAUUUGACGAUGCCGUAAAGUGUAAUGAGCCGACAGAAUAUGCCUUACAGCUGUUAUAUCUUGUAGAAGAUGUUUUGGGAGUUCGUGUUAACAAUGCUGAGUGUACCAAGACUGAGACACCAUAUGGGAAGUCUCUGAAAUGGACUCUCUAUAAAGACAACGUAAAAAAUGAUGAAAAUAAAAUGGAUCUGACCAUUCACUUGAAAGACAACACGAAGGUAAAAAACAAAAAAAGAUGGAGUCAAGUGAUGUAUAUGUCUUAUGUAUUAGAUGUACUUCUAAAGGAGCUAAAAGCAACUGACGAAGACGUAUUCAUCCUAACAACGGACGCUGAUGUAAAGUUUACACCGGAUUCCAUCGCAUACCUUCUUGAUUUGAUGGCACGUGACGACACAGUUGGUGCAGUUUGUGCAAGGACCUAUCCUCUAGGGCAUGGUCCAAUCGUUUGGUAUCAAGCCUUUGAGUACGCCAUUGGUCAUUGGUUUCAAAAGGCUGCUGAACAUGUAAUUGGCUCGGUUCUUUGUUCGCCUGGAUGUUUUAGCGUGUAUAGAUGUAAAGCAUUACGGGAAAUUCUACCUGCCUACGCAUCAGAUGUAGAGCAUGCAUUUGACUUUCUUACAAAGGAUAUGGGAGAAGAUAGAUGGCUUUGUACACUAAUGGUCCAAACCGGAAGACGUAUUGAAUACUGCGCGGCAUCUGAGAAUAGCACACAUUGUCCAGAGUCAUUCGAUGAAUUUUUCAAACAAAGAAGACGUUGGGUUGUUUCAACUCUUGCAAACAUGUUGUUGCUGUUGCAAGAAUGGAGCAAAGGUUUAGUAUUUGAAAUCUUGAGUUGUAUUCGCAUUAUUUUUUCAGUAAUCUUAAAGUUACUUGAUAUUAACGAAGAAAUAUAACUUAUUAUUUUGCUAACAGAAAAUUACACGUUCAUAUGUUUGUAUGGAGAGAAUUACAAGAACUUUGAAGGGCACAAAUAUGUGUGAGUUUAAAGUGUAACAUCAACUUGCGAUAUGGC